AUGGGGAUGGAGAAUGGAGAAGAGAGAUGGUUCUGGGUUCUGCUAGUGGCUGGGAUGGCGAAGAAAGAUGUUCUACGAGUGGCCUGGGCUUCUUUGUGUUGGGUUUGUGCAUGGCUGAGGGUGGUGGUCAUGGGGAAGAAGAAAUCCAGGAAGGGCAUGGGUGCUAGGUUCUGCCUGUUCGAGGAUCGGAUUUGUGGUGGUGGGGUUUUGAUUCAAGCCAUAACGAAAUCCAGCCGAACUCACCUGUUCAAAAUAGCGACUGUGCUAUAUUGCAAACCCAAUUUCGAGCUCGCUAUAUUAGACAUGCAAAUCCGGGCUUUUUUCAAUUGUUGGACUAUAUAA